AUGGACACGAGGGCGAGGGAUCUGAAUGGAAGGACGCCCCUCCACCUGGCCCUGGACUGUGGGCAGGAGGCCGCGGCGGAGCUGCUGGCGGACGCCGACUGCAUCAAUGAUUUCGUGGAUUACGAAGAGAGCACCCCUCUGCAUGUCGCUGCAAGAAGUGGGUGUGUGAAUGUCGUUCGUAUCCUACUCGCGGGAGGGGCGAAUGCAAGUGCGAAAGACAGGUAUGAAAGCACGCCCCUCCAUCACGCCGUGUGUUCGGGGAAGGAGGCCGCGGUGGAGGUGCUGCUGGGGGCCGCCCCCGAAUGCAACGGGCCGGACAGUUGGGGCCGCACCCCCCUGCACUACGCUGCGAGAGGAGGUCUCCCGCGGAUAGUUCAAUCUUUGCUGUCGAGGGGUGCGCGUUUGAAGCUUAAAGAUAUAGGUGGACGCUGUCCCCUGUCCUUGGCCCUGUGGUGUAGACAAGACGAUGUGGCGAGGGUGCUUCUGGCGACGUACAUUGGGAAGAGAUGA